AUUGAAUUGGUGACUCAAAAGCAAAAAUUGUAUGUCGGAUGACAACAUUAUCCAUAUUUUAGUUUUGAAAGUAAACUUCUAGUCGCAGAAAGUGAAAUCCGAUAUCAAAUAAAUAUCUGACACAAGCGUAUGCUCAAGGACUUCUAUAAACAAUUUUUUACAUGUCGUUAUCAAUACCAGCCAUGCACUUUAAAGCCACAUUACAGUAGACACCGUGAAUAGGUAGACGCCAUUUUGGGAAGACGGUGAAUCUUCAUUGUCAAUUUUUAGGAUUUAACCCCAUCCCCCGGGAUGGAGGAAACUAAGAUCAUAUACCACAUCGAUGAUGAGGAUACUCCAUACCUAAUUAAACUCUCACAACCACCGGAUAAGGUUACUUUAGGCGAUUUAAAGAAUGCUUUGAAUCGUCCGAAUUACAAAUUUUUCUUCAAGUCUAUGGAUGAUGAUUUUGGGGUGGUAAAAGAAGAAAUUGUAGAUGAAGAAGCUCAUCUGCCAUGUUUUAAUGGCAGAGUUGUAUCAUGGCUUGUUGCUGCAGAUAACAGUGCAUCUGACAAUGGUUCUCAAUGUGCUGAUUCCAACCACGGGGAUGCCCCACUUACACAGCCUCCACCCCCAACAGAACGCCUGGGGGGCAUUGGAGACAGUAGACCCCCUUCCUUUCAUGCCAAUGUAGGAGGUGAUCAAGACAGCUGUGAUACAUGUACAGAGACAGAUUCCUUAAUCAGUUCAAGAAGAGGAGGCCAAAUAGGAAGCCAUGGUAACAUCCACUAUAACCCCCCUCAGCCUCAGGGUUUCAUGCACCCUCAGGAUCCGAGGUUUUACGACCCUCGAAUGCAUCCCGCCUUGAGAGGGCAACCAUCACACCCGCAGUACCAUCCAAAUGUCCCAAGAAUAAAUGGUCACAGCAAACAUCGAGACCCACGUGAACGGAACUAUGGCUUUGAUGGCUCGUCCUCAAUGAUGUCUAGUGACUUGGAAUCUACCAGUUUCUUUGACUCAGAGGAUGACAGCCGCUUUUCUACAAUCACUGACACAACAACCCGAUCAUCCAAAUAUGGGCGUCAUCGGCAAAGGCGGAGAAGGCGGCAUAAACUGCCACCUAUUAGUAGAGCUUCUUCAUUUAGCAGCAUAACCGAUUCAACUAUGUCAUUAAAUAUUAUCACAGUCACUUUAAAUAUGGAAACGGUGAAUUUCCUUGGAAUCAGCAUAGUAGGCCAGAGUAACAAGGGCGGAGAUGGUGGUAUAUAUGUCGGCUCCAUCAUGAAGGGAGGUGCUGUUGCCCAAGAUGGCCGUAUAGAACCAGGAGAUAUGAUUCUGGAAGUGAAUGGUAUUAGCUUUGAAAAUAUGAGCAAUGACGAUGCAGUAAAAACCUUACGAGAAGCAGUCCAAAGACCUGGCUAUGGAAAUGCUCCCCAACCAGUUACACUGGUAGUUGCCAAAUGUUGGGACCCUAACCCUAAAGGAUACUUCACGAUACCCCGUCAGGAGCCUGUGAGGCCGAUAGACCCAUCAGCUUGGGUUGCCCAUACUACAGCCAUGCAGCGGGAGAUAAUGGGUAAACCUCCUCACGGACCCGGCAGUGUAGCGACCAUGACCUCAACCUCUUCAUCUUUAACUAGUUCAAUACCUGAGUCAGAACGUAAGUGGAUGCAGAGCUUAACUAGUUCAAUUCCAGAAUCUGAACGCUAUGAUGACUUUAACCUGUCAGUUAAUUCAGACAUGGCCUCGGUAGUGAAAUGUAUGGCCCAGCCGGACUCAGGCCUAGAAAUUAGGGACAGGAUGUGGCUGAAAAUAACAAUACCAAAUGCUUUUAUAGGAUCAGAUUUAGUAGAAUGGUUACACACACACGUGGAAGGCUUUGCUGAUAGGAGAGACUCCCGACGUUAUGCAUGUAAUUUACUAAAAGCUGGCUACAUCAAACAUACAGUGAACAAAAUCACCUUCUCUGAACAGUGUUACUAUAUAUUUGGGGACAUGUGUGGAAGUACGUAUCCAGUAGACAUGUCCCAGCUAAGUUUGGAGGAUGUAGACAGUGUAUCAGAAGCAGAUAGAGACACAUUAGCACCCCUACCCCCUCCUGCCUGGAACCCACAAUACUCAUAUGGACCUAACUUUACGACGGCAAAACCACCUGCUCCACCACAAGUCCCGAUAAGUUACGCGCCACCCCCUCCAAAUUUCACCAAUGAUAUGACUAGUUGCACUAGUAUGAGCCAGACAUGCACAGAACAUGGCAACGAAAGUGUCCACAGUGGUUCAGGUAGCAGCACUUCUGGUAGUAGUCGCAGUAAAAAGAACAAUCUGGAUCGCAAGUCAGCUAGUGGGAGCGGUAGUGACACAGACACAGCUUCUCUGGCGAGUAUGCGCCGAGUCACACCCAUAAAUCCCAAUCCUUCUGUUUUACCAACAAAACCAGAUCCAGCAGCUAAACCAAUUCCUCCCCCGAGAGACUUAGCUCAAGUCAGUCCAGACGUCAGUGGAAGCCGCCAAUCAUUCCGCAUGGCGAUGGGAAACCCCUUGUUUGGAGAAUGAAAUGGAAACAAUGGAGCCUCCCAGAAGCAGACGCCAUAUGGAAAUGACACAAUGAAGUCUCCCUGGUGGAUCGAGAUCAAGUGAAGAUGACUCCCACCAGGAUCAACGUGAUCAUUGAGCAUCAGAUGCAAUAUAAGCACAAUCUUCUCAGACAUUAAACUGCACACUACACCAUCUCAUUAAAUAGAAGUUUUCACUGUGCAUUGUUCUUAAGUUAAUUUAUCUUUAUUUAGCUUAUUUUAGUUUUCUUUUGAUUCAUUCUCUUUGAUUAAAUCUUGAGCAAACCAAUUUAUUCAAAUUAUAAUUUUUAUCUCUGAACAAUUAUGACUGCCUUAUUGUAAUUAACUUAACCUGCCAUUAACAAUUAAUGAUCACUUGCUUCCUCUUUAUCACUAAAAUCAAUGACAUAAAAAUAUGGAAGUUAUCAACAGAGUUAAAAGAUCUUGCAAAGUCAGCAGGGGCAUAGACAUAUUCCAAAAAUAGGUGAUUUACAUUUAAAAAGCUGAGACAGGACUUUACCCAAAGAGGAUAUAUUAUUGCUAUGACACAUCAUUUUCAAAGCCACUGUUGCUAAAAUGUCAAAACCAUUUUUUUUAUUAAACUUCUGGUUUGGCAAUAGCCUUACCUACCUCAAACCUAGCUAGGCCCAUGUUCAGUGCAAGAAUGAGUGUUCAGGACUUUAAAUAUCAAUUCAAAUUACGAAAAUAUAAGAUUUGUAAGUAGUACUGACAAGUACACAAACCAUAAAGGAGUUCCUUUAUGAAAAUAUUUUAUGAUUUUAGUUGAAGAGUUCAUACAAGAUUUUUUUUAAUCAUAUUGGAUAUAUGGAAGCAGACAUUAUCUCAUGGUACAGUAAUUGUAACAAUAUUUUGGUACAAAUACAGUGUUCUGUUUUUGUAAGGAAAUGAUCUUCAUCGCAUUAACUGGACAAAAAAUGAACUGGAAACCUAGAUAUUUUUGGUAUGAUAUUACGCUUAUAUAGACAGGGCUUCGAUUUGACAAUUGGAUUCAAUCUUUUAGUCUAGCCUGUAACUGUAUUACCAAAUUGUCCAGAAAAUGUGAAAAAGUCUAGCCAACAUGCAUAAUUGCAAAUCGGAGCAAAUUUGCAAAAUUUAAUUGCCUGUAAUUUUCUAGGUUUACAGUGUUGUCCAAUGCACUGAGAAGUAAAGACAUUUUCCAGUAACUCAUCCAAGGAACUCUAUUUAGUAUUUACAAGAUAUAUAUUUAAUGAGGAAAUGAUCUUCAAACUAUUUAACUACAUGUAUGUACAUCUUAACAAGGUUUUUAUUAUAAAUAUGUACUAUACUAAUUAAUUGCCAUAUUUAUAAUGUAUAUUAUUGAAACAACUCAAAGUCAAAAGUCAAAACCAUUAAUUGUUGAAGGUGUGUAUUUUGUAUUUUAAAAUAUUGUGUAUAAAGUUGUGUAUAAAGAUAUCACAUAAGUAGAUAGAGACAUAGUAAAGAUAAGAAAAUAUCUUGUCUUACAGAGUAAAUAAAUAAAUGCAUAUCUGAAACAUUA